AAUGGGUUUAAUCAGUUCAUUGUACGGAUGCUGGAGAGAUGCUUAACCCAAUCGGAUUACUUUCUUUUGUCACCAUUGGCAUGUCUUUGUACCGAAGAAAGGCACCUUUGCUUAACAAUUUUCACUUCAAAUGAAAGAUCCCCAAACUCAAAUAUUCAUGGUAUUCGAUCCCAUAUUUUGAUGCUUUCAUUGUAAGAAAAGAAUUUAUCAUUUCUCUCAUCUGAUUGAAACUUUGCUCUUUCUACUGUUUCCAUACUCAAAGCAUCCUAAUUCCAAAGCCAAAAAAUGUAUAUAGCUAAUAUAAUUUAUAAAGUUAGUGUCAAAUACUUAUUUUAAAAAUUAUACCCAUAAUUAUAUCCGAAUACAAGUAAUCUAAAGGGGUCCUUCGUCACUUUUACAUACCAAAUAUAUUUAUAGGCUUCUAUUGAUGUUCCAUUGCAUUGUUCGAAAGCAUUUCUUGUGUUUGUUGUUUUAACUGAGAGAGUUUGCAUUGCAGCAAAAAUUCACAUCAGCUAGAAGGUACUAAAGCAAUGGUGGAUUGGGCGCCCGUUCUUGUAGGCUAUAUGCUAUUCAUACUGCUGUCUCCUGGCCUUCUCUUCCAGCUUCCAGGGAACAACCGAACUGUUGAAUUUGGUAACUUCCAAACAAAUGGCAAAGCCAUUGUUAUCCACACUCUCCUCUUCUUUGGUCUCUUCACUAUCCUCAUUUUGGCCCUGGGCAUCCGCAUCUACGCUGGCUAACCUCAUUUAUUGUUUUGACAUUAUCUUCUUCUUAUUCUUUUAUAUAUAUAUAUAUAUAUAUAUAGUUUGAUUGUGUUUCAAUUCAUUGUUCGAGUUCGUUUAUCUUUUGAACUUAGCCGAAACAAAACUACAAAUUAUGUUGUUUUUUUGGUUUUUUUUUUUUGUUCAUUUUGUAAAAGUUGUUAUUUCUAGUAAUCGAAAUUUAUACGUUAUUCAUUUAAAA